UGAGCCUUCCUCUAACGUCAUCAGCCAGCGACAGGGGAUGAUCGCGUGCUUCUAGUCGCAGCAGGCAGUCUUUAUUAGUGACAAAAUACUCAAUUUAUGAAUAAUAACUGAAGUAUAACUUGGCUAAAUCCCGAAAGACUCUCUUGAUAAAGUAUGGACGAUGAAGAGGAAACAUACAGACUGUGGAAAAUCCGCAAGACUAUCAUGCAGCUGUGCCACGACAGAGGCUACCUGGUGACCCAGGACGAGCUGGACCAGACUCUGGACGACUUCAAGAGUCAGUUCGGAGACAAACCCAGCGAGAGUCGACCCAGACGCACGGACCUCACCGUGCUGGUGGCGCACAACGAUGACCCCACCGACCAGAUGUUUGUUUUCUUCCCGGAGGAGCCCAAGGUGGGCAUCAAGACCAUCAAGAUGUACUGUCAGAGGAUGCAGGAGGAGAACAUCACGCGGGCCAUCAUUGUAGUCCAAAUGGGCAUGACACCCUCGGCAAAACAGUCUUUAGUGGACAUGGCACCCAAGUAUAUCCUGGAGCAGUUUCUACAGCAGGAGUUGCUCAUCAACAUCACAGAACAUGAGCUUGUGCCAGAACACAUCGUGAUGACAAAAGAGGAAGUGACAGAGCUUCUGGCCCGAUAUAAACUGAAGGAGAGUCAGCUGCCCAGGAUCCAGGCCGGAGACCCCGUGGCUCGCUACUUCGGCUUAAAGAGAGGACAGGUUGUGAAGAUCAUCAGACCGAGUGAGACAGCCGGACGGUACAUCACCUACAGGCUGGUGCAGUGACAGCUUCCAACAUGUCGCUGGAGAGCAAAAUUGGAAGAUGUUCCAGCUGCACUACUUCAUGGAUUCCUCUUGAUUGCGUUAUAGUUCUGCGUUUCUAUUCUAUAAAUGAGUUUUGUAAAAUAAAGAUGUUGAAAAAAAGAUUGUGUGA